AUGGAUCCUGAAUUUUACGUCGAGUACAAGAUUGAUGACGAAAAUCGAUUAGCAUUCCUUUUUUGGGCCGAUGGUAUGAGUAGAAGAGACUACAUGUUAUUCGGGGAAGCAAUUGCUUUUGAUACAACAUACCGCACCAAUAAGUAUAAUAAGCCAUUGACUGUAGUUGUUGGCGUCAAUCACCAUUUUGAAACUUGUGUGUUCGGUUGCGCAGUUUUACUUGAUGAGACGGAAGACGCUUAUAUUUGGUUCUUGAGGGUGUUCCUUGAUUGCAUGGGCAACAAAAAACCAAAAGUAGUCCUCACUGAUAAUGAUGAAAGGAUGGGAUUCACAAUCAGACAUUUGUUACGAGACUCUACCCAUCGACUUUGUGCAUGGCAUCUAGGGAACAAUGCCACAAAGAAUAUUAAGAUUCCAGAUUUCAACAAAGGCUUCUUUGACUUAAUAUACAACUACUACACAGUGGAAGAGUUUGAAGAAAAAUGGGCCGCUUUGUUGGCACAAUUCGGCCUUGAAGAAAAUUCUUGGUGUCGUACUAAAUACAACACACGUGGUCAAUGGGCAGAGACGUUCUUAAGAGGGGUUUUCUAUGGAGGCAUGCGAACAACCCAAAGAUGUGAGUCUAUGAACAAUGUACUCAAGAGAUUCUUACUUGCUAAUUACAGUUUACGAGAGUUUGUUUCACAAAUUACCCAUGCUAUUGGCACAAUGCGCCAUAAUGAAGCCGCUAAAGAUUUCAAAAGCAUGCAUACCGUCCCUCAUAUUCCCGCUGGUAAGACAGAUUUCUUGCAAACAUAUUACAAACAGGCCGCCGCAAUUUUCACCAGAAACAUAUAUUAUAAAGUAAAAGAACAGAUUGAGGAAGAGCAACCCUAUUCAAUUUCUCAUCGGGAAGAUCAAGGGGAUUCAUACCUCUUCUCUUUAGCUAGAUUCCAAUACGGUACGAUAAGACACCGAGUCUUAUAUAACAAAGAGAAGAAUGAGUUAAAUUGUUCGUGUUUGUUGUUUGAGUCCGAUGGUAUUCCAUGCAAGCAUAUAUGGUGUGUAAUGAAAAGUCUUGACAUUCGAGUUAUACCAGAAUCCUUAAUAUUAACUCGUUGGCGAAAGGAUGUCAAGACUUCUUCCUCUACACAAGUUGGUGAACACUCAUCCGAACAUCAAAAGAUGACCCAAUUGUCAAGGUUUGGAGCGCUCAAUGCUUAUUCAAACUCAAUGAAUUUCUUUGCAUCACACUCAGAAGCAACAUUCCAAAUGGCAAAGAUGGAGUUGGAAAAACUUAAUACCAUCUUUAGGGCGUCUUACGAGGAGGGACAGAAUAGCCAAAACUCACAACCAACCACAACAUAUCGUGAUAAUCCAAACAUAAUCCAAGAUCCUGUAAGAGUGAGGACGAAGGGCAUGGCCUCAACGAAUUCUAGAAAAGGAACAAAUGAUGGAGUACAAGGAGGUAGGCAAUGCACACUUUGUGGAGGUCGAGAUCAUAAUAAACGAACUUGUAUGAGAAGGACAGGGGUCUAA